ACACCUGCACUCCCCCGGUGUGAUAGCCCACAAUUGAGCAUCGUGUUCAAUUGCUCAAGCCUAAGCCUACCUUAGGAGUUCGCUUCGUUGGCCAGCAUUCAACUCAACUAACUUACGUCUCCCUUUCACUCUGACCUCACGUAUACUUCGACAAGCCCGCGCUGUGCUGGUCAGCUCGCACCCAAAUCUCGCGAUCCAGCCACCCGCAAGCGGAACAGCUGCUUUCUACAAUCAGCUUCUGGGCGCCUUGAAUUGUUCCACCCCUUAAUGCUCGAAGCUGCGGCUUCACCUCCCCGCCAAUAUGCAGUCCUCCCCGGGAAUGUUGACCAAGUUCGAGUCUAAGUCCUCGCGAGCUAAAGGCAUUGCCUUUCACCCUAAGAGACCAUGGAUCCUGGUGUCACUACACUCUUCUACCAUUCAGCUCUGGGAUUACCGAAUGGGAACUCUAAUUGACCGGUUCGAGGAGCACGAUGGUCCUGUCCGUGGUGUCGACUUUCACAAGACACAGCCGCUUUUCGUCUCUGGCGGUGACGACUAUAAGAUCAAAGUCUGGUCUUACCAGACUCGACGAUGCCUCUUCACCCUUAACGGCCAUCUCGACUACGUCCGAACCGUCUUCUUCCAUCACGAGCUUCCCUGGAUUCUGUCAGCAUCCGAUGACCAGACCAUCCGGAUAUGGAACUGGCAGAACCGCUCCUUGAUUUGCACCAUGACUGGCCACAACCACUAUGCCAUGUGCGCACAAUUCCACCCCAAGGAAGACCUCGUUGUCUCUGCGUCGCUCGAUCAGUCCGUUCGUGUUUGGGACAUUUCCGGUCUCCGAAAGAAGCACUCCGCCCCUACCUCGAUGUCCUUCGAAGAUCAAAUGGCACGUGCCAAUCAGAACCAGACCGAUAUGUUUGGAAACACUGAUGCUGUCGUCAAGUUCGUUCUCGAAGGUCACGACCGUGGCGUCAACUGGGUCGCUUUCCAUCCCACCAUGCCCCUCAUUGUUAGCGCUGGCGAUGAUCGCUUAGUGAAGUUGUGGCGCAUGAGCGAGACCAAGGCUUGGGAAGUCGAUACGUGCCGAGGACACUUUCAGAAUGCGUCCGGAUGUCUGUUUCACCCUCAUCAGGACUUGAUCCUAUCUGCUGGAGAGGAUAAGACCAUCCGUGUAUGGGACCUGAAUAAGCGAACCGCUGUUCAGUCUUUUAAGAGAGAAAAUGAUCGCUUCUGGGUCAUUGCGGCGCAUCCUGAGAUUAACUUGUUUGCUGCUGGUCACGAUAAUGGUGUCAUGGUAUUCAAGUUGGAGCGAGAGCGUCCUGCCUCAGCCGUUCACCAGAACCUACUCUUCUACGUCACCAAGGAGAAGCACGUCAAGUCUUAUGACUUCCAGAGGAACAUCGAGAGCCCUACGCUCCUGUCGCUCAAGAAGCUUGGCAGCGCUUGGGUAGCCCCCCGGACAUUGUCCUUCAACCCCGCAGAACGAUCUAUUCUCGUCACCUCACCUGCUGACGGCGGAUCUUAUGAGCUGGUUAACCUUCCCAAGGAUGGCUCUGGCGCUAUCGAGCCUGCUGAGUCCAAACGUGGUCCUGGAAGCUCUGCCAUUUUCGUUGCCCGUAACCGAUUUGCCGUUCUCAAUACCGCUAACCAGACCAUUGAUAUCAAGGAUCUUUCCAACAAUACUACUCGAUCCUUCAAACCCCCCACUGGAACUACCGAUAUCUACUUUGGAGGCACAGGCAACCUUUUAAUCAUUGCUCCUACUUCCGUCCACCUCUAUGACAUCCAGCAGAAGAAGAGCACUGCUGAGCUCGCUGUCAAUGGUGUCAAGUAUGUUGUUUGGUCCAACGAUGGUCUCUACGCUGCUCUUCUGAGCAAGCACAACGUCACAAUUGUGUCCAAGACCCUCGAGCAGGUCAGUACUCUUCAUGAGACCAUUCGUAUCAAGAGUGCCACCUGGGAUGAUGCUGGCGUUCUGCUCUACUCCACCCUUAACCAUGUAAAGUAUACUCUGCUCAAUGGUGAUAACGGUAUCGUCCGAACCCUUGACCAGACUGUGUACCUGGUCAAGGUCAAGGGCCGUAACGUCUACUGCCUCGAUAGAGCCGCCAAGCCUCGUAUUCUUCAGGUUGAUCCCACGGAAUACCGAUUCAAGUUGGCCCUUGUCAAACGCAACUACGAGGAAAUGCUUCACAUCAUCCGAAACUCCAGUCUUGUUGGCCAAUCGAUUAUCUCAUAUCUUCAAAAGAAGGGUUACCCUGAAAUUGCCCUCCAGUUCGUCCAGGACCCUACCACUCGAUUUGACCUAGCUAUCGAAUGCGGCAACCUAGAUGUUGCUGUUGAGAUGGCUAAGGAACUCGACAAGCCAAAGUUUUGGACCCGUUUGAGUACAGAAGCAUUGGCGCACGGUAACCAUAAGGUUGUCGAGAUGUGUUAUCAAAAGCUCAAGCAAUUCGAUAAGCUCUCCUUCUUAUAUCUCGCUACUGGUAACCAAUCUAGGCUUGCUCGUAUGGCCAAGAUUGCCGAGCACCGCGGUGAUUUUACCUCGCGCUUCCAGAACGCACUUUACCUUGGAGAGGUUGAGGACCGUAUCCAAAUGUUCAAGGAGAUUGAUCUUUACCCUCUUGCCUACAUGACUGCUAAGUCUCAUGGUCUGGAGGAGGAAUGUCAGUCCAUCCUGGAGGCCACCGGCUUGACUGAAGAGGACCUCACCUUGCCAACCCUUGGAGAGCCCUUGUCUGUCCGUGAGCCUGUUGUGCCCACUUUCGAGUCUUCUUGGCCUACCAAGGCUACCUCGCAGUCCUUUUUCGAGAAGGCCCUACUCGGCCAGGUUGAAGGCCUUUCCCUGGAGGAUGAGCCUGCUACCGCCAAUACAGGUUUCGAGGAUGCUAUGGAAGAUGACUCGGCUGCCAAGCGUAACGGCGCAUUGAUUGAUGAUGAUGAUGAAGAUGCUGCUGGCUGGGAUAUGGGAGACGAUGACAUUCCUGAGGCUGAUAGCGACUUUGUCAAUGUUGAGAGCGUCGACGCUGGCGGUGCUGCCAGCAGCGAGGCAGAUAUGUGGGCACGAAACUCACCACUGGCCGUUGAUCACGUCGCUGGCGGAUCUUUCGAGACUGCUAUGCAACUCCUCAACCGACAGGUCGGGGCUGUCGACUUUGACCCUCUCAAGUCUCGAUUUCUGGAAGUCUACUCAGCAUCCAAGACUUUCCUUCCCGGUUCUGAGGGCCUGCCGCCUCUGAUCAACUAUGUCCGCAGAACUCUCGAUGAGACAGAUCCCCGUAAGGUCCUGCCGAUUAUCCCCAGAGAUCUCGAGCACCUUGCUUCCAACGACCUGCAAGCGGGCUAUGACUCGAUGAAGGCCAACAAGCUCGAGGCUGGUAUCAGCAUUUUCAAGGGUAUCCUUCACUCCAUCCUUGUCAAUGCCGUGUCAAGUGAGGACGAGGUUGCUGAGGCGAAGAAGCUUAUUACCUCGGCCAGUGAGUAUGCUGUCGCAAUGAGCAUUGAGCUUUCCAGGAGACAAUUGGGUGCACCUGAUGUCGUGGCUAAGGACGCUGAGAAACUCCAGAGGAGCUUGGAACUGUCAGCGUACUUCACUAUCCCUAAGAUCGAGGUUCCUCACAGACAGCUCGCUCUGCUCAGUGCUAUGCAGCUGGCUAUUCGCAACAAGAACUACAACUCUGCUUUGAGCUUCGCUAACCGCAUCAUCGCCAAUGGCGGUGCUACCAAGAUUGUAGAAAACGCCAAGAAGACCAAGGCUCAGUGCGAGCGCAAUCCCAACGAUGCUAUUGAAAUUGAGUUCGACCAGUUCGCCGAGUUCGACGUGUGCGCAGCCAGCCAUACUCCUAUCUACAGCGGUACUGCAUAUGAGGAGUGUGCCUUCGAUGGCUCCAAGUAUCACACCAAAUACAAGGGCACUGUCUGUAGAGUGUGUGAAGUAUGUGAGAUUGGCAAGCAUGGAAGCGGUUUGAAGUUGUUCGCCUAGACUGGGCAGAGCAUGGUUGAAUAAGAUUUAAUAACGGGAGCGCAUAGUCGGAAUUGGGAGUUUCGAGUCAACGAUGCACAAAAAGGAGCCAGGUAGACGAGGUGGAAAGUCAAGGGCUUUUAAAAGGUUGGACUUGGACGACUGGCUGAUAGAAGAUGGCAAGGGAGUCAUGUCUUUGUAGUUUCAACUUAGCCUGAUUAUAUGCGAGAAGCACAAGAUUAAGGAAUCACGUCUAAAGACCAAAUGUUUGACGUAUGUUUUGGGACUCGCCUGGUAGGCGAGCCCAUCAAUUGAAUUAAUAGUACAGUAACCAUUGGUCCCCUCUACUAGUCUAUGUUUGUCUUCGCGUUGCUUUCUCGCCGAGAAUUCUGAC